AGGUAUGACGCACGAUUGCUCCUCGAUGCCCUGCCGGAUGUUCCGCUGCCUACCGCUACGUCCGUAGAGGAACCCAGCUCGCCAGGCGGCUGGUCCGACCUCCCAUCGGAUGCAGAGGAUACGUUCUUCUUCUCCUCGCAAGAAGUGGAGGACUAUCGACGCGAGAAGCGACGACGCAUUAUCAGCGAGGAUCGCCAGGCGCGACUUCGAGCAAUCCGCUCCGAAGUUGGGGACGAAGAAAAGGUUGACGCGGAUCCUCGUGAAGAAUGGGGCGGCAGCGACGAAGAGCCGGAUGAUACCCAACUCGAGCUCAUGCGUCGCACGGCCGCGCACGUCCAUACUUCACCAAACCCGGCGCAACUCGAAAUGCGCAUCCUUGCGAAUCAUGGCGCUGAUCCGCGCUUUGCAUUCCUGCGCGGACGAUGGUCGCGAGCGUGGCGCUUAACCAAGAGUAAGCUACGGCUCGAGCUUGAAGCAAAAAAGACGAAAGACAAAGGCGCAGCGCUGUCGGGCGGGGCUGGCAUAGGCGGCCUAUCCGGGUAUGGUGACAGCGACGACGACGACGACGGCAGCGCAGAAGAAGGCGAUGGCGGAGACGACAAGCUGGCAAACGAACCCGCCGAAGAGGGGAAGAAGGAUAUUGCUGAGGACAUGGAGGCGAACGCGUCCGAUGACGCGCUGAAGGCGGCCAGACGGGAAAGAGCACGAGAAUGGGCUGAGAAACGGCGCGCGGCGAAGGAAGCUGCAGAUAGAUCUCAAGAGAACUCGUUAUAA